GUGAAGAAACAAGCUUUUGGAGUUGAGUUGACGCUUUGCUUCUGAGCUUUCUCUACACCUCUGUCUCUCAGACUGCUGAUCAGAGCUCUGUUGUAGCUCCUGUUCUGCGCCCCCAGCCAUGGAUCCUAUGGUUAACAGCUCAUAACACUCAAAGCUGUUUCUUCUAACUUCAUAUCAAAACCUACAAGCUGGGAUGAAUCUUAAUCUGAAGAAGAUGGAAGUUUAUUUCCAAAAUUCAAGCAAAUAUAUGGAAUCAAAUGGAUGUAUUGGUAGCAAUGCAGAUUGCAUUUGCAAUAGUGUAGUUUUUAAUAUUCACAUUACAGGUUCCAUAAAAGUAAAUAUAGAUUAAAUGUUGCCAAAUAUGUUCUGUAAGCAUCAUUGCCGCUUCUUAUCAAAGGAGUGAGUCAGAGUGCUGCUGAAUUCUAGAAGAUUGGGGACCACCUGUUUAUGUGAAUACUUCUAGCUACCUGUUUUGGGAUAUUGUUCCUGUUUAGGGCUGAUUUUAGGGCAGUUCUGUCCUGUGCCUGUUUCACCAAGGGAGCUAAAGAAAGUUCUAAGGAAGACAUUGGUAAAGACUCCUAAAUUACAAGCUGUGGAUGUGACUUACCAUUGAAAACUCAGUUACUGUUUGUAGACCUCAGAUUUCCUUUUCCUAUCUCCCUUUCUUUGUUGCUGUCUAGCUCUUUUUCUCAUUAUAGGGCGAGAGAAAAAAAUAAGUGGGGGUUUUUAUAAGAAGAUGCCAAGUUCUAGCCCGUGAAGCUUCUAAUAUGGUUAACCAGAGUCUAGAGUGUAUGGUUGGCUGGCAGGCAUUCUUACUCAACCUCGGAGUUUAAUUUCUUAAGUUUAUCCCCUUCUCUGUGGAGAAAUAAAGGUAGUGAAGAAGCCAGAACAUAGCUGUGAAAGAAGGAGCUAUUCCCUAUGACAUGUAUGGUUCUGUCUCUGUUUUCUUCUCUGUCUUUUUCCUGAUAAGACAAGAAAAGAAGCCAGAGAGAACAAACCUCUCAAUGUCCUGUAGGUUCGUCCAGCUGCCUUCCAUAAGCUGACUCUUGUUGAUGCCAGAGCUACUCCUGCUUGACUUCUUCACUAGCCGUAGUUUUGCCUUUCUCUAUUUUGAUGGGGCAGCAGGGGCAGCUGCUGGCAGCAUCACUCCGAGUUCACUUGUAUGUUUUUACUAAUGUUUAGAAGUAUGGGAAGGGGGGAAAGUAGCUGAAGAAGAGAGUCAUCUAAAAGCAGGCAAAGGUGAAUAGAGUCAAGUGAUCAGUUCUGCAAUGUGCUUAUUAGGUAAUCACAGAAUUGAGCCAAAAGAUUCAACUAGAAGCAGACAAAGGGGAUGUAGAGUCAAGUGACCAAUUCUGCUAUGGGCUUGUUAGAUAAUAGCAAAAUAGAGCCAAAGCGCACAUGGCAUUUCUCUGGCCUGAUAUAAUAAAAACAUCACCUCCCUCGAAGUUGAAUAUUAAUGGAAAAGUCUAAUUUGUUUAGAUCGAUUUCUGUAAAUCAAUAAGUAGGUAGGCAUUGCAUCAGCAGCUUAGAUGAUUCAGCUCGCCCAUGUGAGAUUUUAGUUUCCUAUCACAAGUGAAGAGUAAGAGCAAAUGUUGUGUUAUUAGCCACAUUAAUUUAAUGUCUUGCAUAUUAGAAUAGCUAAGCAGGCAGUGGAGAUAUUACGAUUAUCAUAGAAUCAUUUGGUUGGAAAAGACCUUGAGAUCAUAGAGUCCAAUUGUACCUGUCCACUAAACCAUUAAUUUAGUAAUAUAUAUAGUAUAUAUUAUAUAACCAAAAGCUUUAUCAGCCAUCAAGACCUUGUUCCUCAAGAACUACAGUAGCUAAAUAGACAGGUCAUGUAGAGUCUUAACGAUUUCAUUUCCACAUCAAAUAAUGAUGUGCUGUGGUUAGUGUCUUUUUGUAGUGUUGUAGUGCUAUUUGAAGCCUGGUGAAAAUGCUGCUCUUUGGAGGAAGAAGCUGAGUCCAUGGGCACUCAAUAAACUUCUGCCUUUUUGCACAGAAGUAGAAGACUCUUGUUUCAGGAGAUGAUAACAGAGUCCACUCCGUUACGUUGCAGGAAGCUCAGCAAUCCUGACAUCUUUUCAUCUGCUGGGAAAACCAAGCUCCAUCGUCAGCUAAGUCAAGAUGACUGCAAGCUACGAAGAGGUAGUUUGGCAAGUUCUUUGUCAGUUUUAGAUCUCUGCAGACAAGAGGAGUCUCUAUUAUUUACACAUAAUCUUGAAAAUGAGCAAACCAUGAAAAUCAUGUCCACAGCUGUAAGCAGCUUGAAUGGGACUGGCGAAAAAGGAAAACAGCUACUUCCCAUAUCAAACAGUGUUCACAGUGGAGUGGGACAGCCGAUAUGGCAGCCACCUGGAGAUACCUCAAACCUGGUCCGCAUGAGAAAUCAGUCCUUAGGACAAUCUGCUCCUUCACUUACUGCUGGUUUGAAGGAGCUCAGUCUCCCCAGAAGAGGAAGCUUAAUCUCCUCUCCUUUGUACUCCCACUGCCGAGGAAGCGAUGUUCAUCAGCACAUGUUCUCUCCUACAUCUGCUCCAGGUCUGCAGCACCUUAAAUUCCCAUUUAGUGCUGACUGUGCACUUGUUACUUCUCCUCUAGUAUUUUACCUGAACUCACGACCCCAGAGCAAUCCGUCUAGUCCAUGCUACAGCCAUCCUUUUCAGUGGAGCUGUCGGACAAGCAACAGAAAGAGUUUGAUCGUAACAUCCAGCACAUCUCCAACUCUUCCGCGACCACAUUCCCCUCUUCAUGGACACGCAGGUAGCAGCCCUUUGGACAGUCCCAGGAACUUCUCUCCAAAUGCACCUGCUCAUUUUUCCUUUGUUCCUGCCCGAAGCCACAGCCACAGAGCAGACAGGACGGAUGGACGCCGCUGGUCCUUGGCCUCCCUUCCUUCAUCUGGAUAUGGAACAAACACUCCCAGUUCAACAGUUUCAUCAUCAUGCUCAUCUCAGGAGAAGCUGCACCAGCUGCCCUUUCAGCCCACGGCAGAUGAACUUCAUUUCCUGACAAAGCAUUUCAGUACUGAGAGCAUCACUGAUGAGGAAGGGCGCCAUUCUCCAGCCUUGAGGCCUCGAUCUCGCAGUCUCAGCCCGGGUCGCUCCCCAAUUUCCUUUGACAGUGAAAUAAUAAUGAUGAAUCAUGUGUACAAAGAAAGGUUUCCAAAGGCCACAGCGCAGAUGGAAGAACGGCUGGCUGAGUUUAUUGCCUCUAAUGCUCCAGAGAAUGUGCUGCAAUUAGCAGAUGGGGUCCUAAGUUUCAUUCAUCAUCAAGUUAUUGAACUGGCCAGAGAUUGCCUAGAUAAAUCACGUGAAGGUCUUAUUACUUCUCGGUACUUUUAUGAGCUGCAGGAAAACUUGGAGAAACUUCUCCAGGAUGCCCACGAGCGAUCCGAGAGCUCCGAGGUUGCCUUCGUUACCCAACUUGUGAAGAAGCUGAUGAUUGUCAUUGCACGACCAGCUCGUCUGCUUGAGUGCCUGGAGUUUGAUCCUGAAGAGUUCUACCAUUUGUUAGAAGCUGCAGAAGGCCAUGCCAAGGAAGGGCAAGGAAUUAAAUGUGACAUUCCUCGUUAUAUUAUCAGCCAGCUGGGACUCACCAGGGAUCCCCUGGAGGACUGUCCUUUCCAGCCCUGUGUCUCAAAGGAGCAUUGCUGGGAAAUGGCCCAGCUGAAUAGCUAUGACAGCCCAGACACUCCUGAGACAGAUGAUUCAGUCGAGAGCCGUGGGGCCUCUGUCCAGUCAAAGAAAACUCCAUCUGAAGAAGAGUUUGAAACUAUUAAACUGAUCAGUAAUGGUGCUUAUGGAGCGGUGUAUUUGGUGCGACACAAGACCACCCGUCAACGUUUUGCCAUGAAGAAGAUCAACAAACAGAACCUAAUUUUGAGAAACCAGAUCCAGCAGGCUUUUGUGGAGAGAGAUAUCUUGACUUUUGCCGAGAACCCCUUUGUGGUCAGCAUGUUCUGCUCCUUUGAGACCAAGCGCCACUUGUGCAUGGUUAUGGAGUACGUGGAAGGAGGUGAUUGUGCUACGCUUCUCAAGAACAUUGGUGCCCUACCUGUUGAUAUGGCGAGGAUGUAUUUUGCUGAGACUGUUCUGGCAUUGGAGUACCUACACAAUUAUGGGAUUGUUCACCGUGACCUAAAACCUGAUAAUCUCCUGAUAACUUCCAUGGGUCACAUUAAACUAACAGACUUCGGACUGUCUAAAAUUGGGUUAAUGAGUCUUACAACUAACCUUUAUGAGGGACACAUUGAGAAGGAUACCAGGGAAUUCCUGGACAAGCAGGUCUGUGGGACUCCAGAAUACAUCGCACCCGAAGUGAUCCUGCGCCAGGGCUAUGGGAAGCCCGUGGACUGGUGGGCCAUGGGAGUUAUCCUGUAUGAGUUUCUAGUUGGCUGCGUUCCUUUCUUCGGGGACACACCUGAAGAGCUGUUUGGACAAGUGAUCAGUGAUGAAAUUGCCUGGCCAGAAGGUGAUGAUGCACUGCCACCAGAUGCCCAGGACCUCAUCUCUAAGCUUCUCCGCCAAAAUCCUCUGGAAAGAAUGGGAACAGGUAGUGCCUUUGAAGUGAAACAGCAUCGGUUCUUUAAAGAUUUGGACUGGAAUGGAUUACUACGGCAGAAAGCUGAAUUCAUCCCACAGUUGGAAUCUGAGGAUGACACAAGCUAUUUUGACACCCGUUCAGAACGGUACCAACACCUGGAUUCAGAAGAAGAGGAGGACACUAAUGAUGAUGAUCACGUGGAAAUUCGGCAGUUUUCCUCAUGCUCACCAAGGUUCAGCAAGGUGUACAGCAGCAUGGAACGUCUUUCCAUCCACGAAGAGAGGAAGACUCCACCACCAACUAAACGGAGUCUGAGUGAAGAAAAAGAUGACCGGCUGGACAGCCUUGGCGGCUUGAAGAGUCGAGACCGCAGCUGGGUGAUUGGGUCUCCUGAAAUACUGCGUAAGCGCUUGUCUAUGUCUGAAUCUUCACACACGGAGAGCGACUCCAGCCCACCCUUGACGGUCCGCCGACGCUGCUCAGGGCUUCUUGAUAUGCCCCGUUUUGCCAUCUCCGCCGAGGACGAGGGAGCUGCUCUCAAAAGGCCGCAGUCCGAGGGGAUGCUCUUGUCCGCUGUGCAGUCGCGGGAGGGGCUGCCAGUGCCCAUUCCAGAACAGCCUGUGGAGCAAGAGCUGCAGCUGGAAGGUGAUACCGGAUCCACCACCCCCUCCACGGCUGUCAGCAGCGCCUCAACGCUGACAGCUGGGAGCACUGCAGAUUUCUCUGAUCCACGCGCUCGCAGUAAUAGCAAUGACGGCCCAGAUCUUACCACUCCAAAAGCCAUCAGCGAUUUGGCAGUGCGGCGGGCACGGCACAGGUUGCUCUCUGGGGAAUCAGGGGAGAAACGUACCUCAAGACCUGUCAAUAAAGUGAUUAAAUCAGCAUCCGCUACUGCCUUGUCUCUCCUGAUUCCCUCAGAUCACCACACGUGUUCUCCAUUGGCCAGUCCAAUGUCACCUCAUUCUCUAUCCUCCAACCCAUCUUCGAGGGACUCCUCACCCAGCCGCGACUUUUCUCCUGCUAUCGCAAACCUGAAACCACCAAUCAUCAUCCAUCGGGCUGGAAAGAAAUACGGUUUCACUCUCCGUGCCAUUCGCGUCUAUAUGGGUGACAGUGAUAUCUACACUGUGCAUCACAUGGUCUGGCACGUGGAAGAAGGUGGUCCAGCGAACGAAGCAGGUCUGCGUGAAGGGGAUCUGAUAACCCAUGUCAACGGGGAGCCAGUCCAUGGGCUGGUGCACACAGAAGUGGUGGAGCUGAUUCUGAAGAGUGGAAAUAAAGUGUCCAUCUCCACCACGCCAUUUGAGAACACGUCCAUCAAAGUUGGUCCAGCUCGAAAAGCCAGCUACAAAUCCAAGAUGGCUCGUAGGAACAAGAAGAGCAAAACUAAGGAUGGUCAGGACAGUAAGAAGAAGAGUUCUUUGUUGAGGAAGAUCACUAAACAAGCAUCGCUGCUUCACACCAGCCGGAGUUUAUCUUCACUAAACCGCUCUCUGUCUUCUGGAGAAAGUGUGCCUGGCUCUCCAACUCACAACCUGUCUCCUCGGUCACCAACACAGAGUUACAGAUCCACUCCCGAGUCCGUGCACUCAGUUGGUGGCAAUUCUUCCCAGAGCAGCUCUCCCAGUUCCAGUGUUCCCAAUUCUCCAGCCAGCUCUGGACACAUCCGACCCAGCUCUCUGCAUGGACUAGCACCAAAGCUUCAAAGGCAGUACAGAUCUCCAAGGCGUAAAUCUGCGGGAAACAUCCCUCUGUCACCACUAGCUCACACUCCGUCACCAACCCCACAGUCCACAUCACCGCAGCGCUCCCCGUCUCCUCUACCAGGACACUCAGUUGGCAGCUCCAGUAUUAUUCAGUCUUUUCCAGUAAAACUACACUCCUCUCCACCGCUGGUGAGACAAAUUUCUCGCCCCAAAAGUGCUGAGCCCCCUAGGUCUCCUUUGCUAAAGAGAGUGCAGUCGGCCGAGAAACUGGCUGCCUCGCUGUCCUCUUCCGAGAAGAAGCUGGCUUCCUCACGUAAGCAUAGCUUGGAUAUCUCUCACUCUGAAUUUAAGAAGGAGAUGCUGCAGAGGGAUCCUAGUCUCCAGAGCUUACAAGAAUCUGUGAAUGAAACCACAGGUGGCAAACUCGGGCUAGCGGAAAAAGGGAUGUUGCAGAAGCCGGGUUCACGGAAGUUGGGUGCUAUUCGACAGGACAGAGUGGAGAGGAGGGAGUCUCUGCAAAAGCAAGAGGCCAUCAGAGAAGUAGAUUCUUCCGAAGAUGAAACAGAUGAUGGUUCAGAAGAUAGUCAGGAUGGGAGAAGACUGGACAAGCCCCCUGACAGUGGAGACCAAGGCUCAGAUUCUUUUAAUGAGGAUAAUAAGUUUUCAUCUAAAUUGGAAAGCAAGGAUAGUAUUGAAGAUGAUGCCUUUUUACCUGAAGAUCCAAAAGGUACAGAAGAUUUGCAGAAGGGAAAUAAUCAACAAGCCAAGCCUGUUUCAGAGCCACUGCAAAUCGGUGUGCACCCUUCCCCAUCAGAGGUCCUCCCAAGAACUUCUCCAGAAAAAUUACCUAAUUUGGAAAAAACAUUCCUAAGACCAGAAACAACUGCAAAGGAACAUAAAUUGCCAGAAAACAAAACUUUUGAGUGUUUUGGUCCAAAAGACAAGUCUUCUGAGGCAGUCAAAGACCUAGGGAGAACUACAAGUACUCAAAAACCAACAGAUCAUACAGAACAUAUGCAGUGCCCGUCUAUCAAACUCCUGGAACUUGAAGAAGGGGACUCUUCAGGGGCCACACGUGGUAAGCUUGACCUGAAAGACCCUCUGCUAACAGAAAGCGGUCAGAAAAAACAGGAUUCCAAACCUCUGCUGGCACUUUCUUCAUGGUGCACGGCAAGCACGAGCACUCCUGUUUCGGUAAGCCCUGUGGAUCACAGUGAGAAGGAUCGCAAGGAGACACUUCAGCCCGCAGAACAGCACAGCGCCUCAUUUCUGUCUCCUGGAAGCGUGAGCGAAAUGUCCCAAAAAAGUCCUGGUACUGAAAAACAGCCCAGCUCGUCCCAGGCAGAGAGCGCUUCACCCGCCAGCAAAACGAGCCCAGCAGGUCCUGUAUCCUCCACGCUCCUCGUCCCCGGUGCUAUCGAAAGAGCUCUCUCCGUGUCUCCGUUGGUGCCGCUAGCUCAGAGUGUGUUAGGUCCAUUGAAGCUCAGUGUGUCUGGUUCCGGAGAAGUGGAAAAGAGAAAGGAUUUCCCCCAUUUGGGUGCCUCCUGUAAAGACGAGAGAGAUCCGAAACAAAAAAGGCAGGAAACUUCACAAGCAGGAGCGUGUCAAGAGAAAGCCAAACUAUCAGGCACAGAGGGUCUGACCACAAGGAGCGGGUGCUGCGCAGAGUCUUUACACUCAGCAAAGCUCUGGGAGGCAACGUGCCCCAUGGCGGCCAAAAAAGAGGCAACUUUUUGCAGCGCUAAAGCACCUGAAGUAUUGGGAGGUAGCUGCAAAAUCGCUCCAUCGAAAGAGCUGUCUCACACUCUUGGACAAGCAGCUCUGAGAGCCUCUCCUCUGCCAGAUGGCAGCACGAGGCCCUGUAAAGAAGGGACCCUCGUGCAAGCAAAAAGCAAAGAGGUUGGAAAUCAGUUCAAAAUACAAGACUUUCCCCUGUCACAUGAUGGUGCUGUAAAGAAAACAUAGCAGCAUCCCUGGUACGUGUGGACUGGAGCAUUCUACAUUCAAAAUAGAGACUGCAUGUUUGAAUUUUGUAAUAUACACUAAUAUAAAAUAGAACUUGUGUACAUCUAUUUUUGGGAGGGUUUUUUUCAUACUGUUUUUUGUGUUUUUUCAUCCUUGCUAUUCUAUUUUUGUACACAGUGAUGCUUGCCGUUUGAGGUCUCUUUAGAACAGGGUAUCUUUAAAGCAGGACUUAAGAAACAGUUUGUUAAUUUUUUUCCCUUCCAGACCUUUUAUUUUGCCUGAGUUUACGGCCUGUUGUGCUCCUUCCUCUAAUCCCACAUUUAUUUGAGAUCCCAAAAAUUCCGAGUACAAAAAAGGCAGCUUACUUUUAAAUUUCUGCUUUUCAACCUUCUCUUUGAAAUGCCACUGAAAUUCACAAAUUUCAAGUUCGUUCUUUGAAUUUACUCUCUGCUGUCCUUUGACGAGGAGAAGAAACCACUCUCUUGUCCGCAAGUUAUUCUGGAGCUACAAAACCUCUUCGGGGCAAGGCAGACCUCUCUGUCACCGUGCGCAUUUACAGUCCAGGACACAGGGGCUGGAGGGGCCGGACAGAGAGAGAUCCCUGUCUUCCCUUUAAACCAAGUAAAAGCAUUUUUCAAUGGAAUUAUCAGAAAGAGAAAACCCCAAUCCGUAAGCUGGGUUUUUUUGGGAUUGUUUUUACUUAUCUUUUAUGGGACACAUGGCAACUUUCCCCUCUGUUUUUAACAGUGAUGUUUUAUCUUCCUUUCUCUGGCUUCAAUUCAUAACUUGCCCUGCCUCAGAAUAAAUGACCCCAGGAAAGGGGUGCCUUGUAGAUUGGUUUUAAAGUAGAGAAAUUUGUAGUCGCAUGUUCUCCAGUAUGUCUCGGGCAAAGCUGUCUCAAUGAUACAUGACCUUUGGAGACUUUUCCUUCUCUUGGUGAGUCUAUAAACAGGUAGGGAUUUUAAGGUGUUCCUUAACAUUUCUGAAUUGGGGCUUGGGAAACUUGCUGAGUUUUCUGCAUCUGCCCAUUUUAAAAACAAACAAAAAAACCUCUGAAGAGUUCUGACUCCUUGAGUUCUGUGGACAAGCUGCAAGCAGACUUCAAAAUACAUGUGAUAUUUUAAGAUUUCAGCUUUGAUAGCUAGACCAUUUCCACUGCUGAGGUCACUUUCCAUUAAAAAAAAAAUUGCUCUUUGCUCUUAGGUUUAGACAUUGCUUUUCUUUAGGUGUGACCGACUCUGGACAACAGUGCUCUUUGCUGAGGAUUAGAUCAAUAAUAAUACACCAAUAAACAUGUCGAGUGGUGA